AUGACGCGGGGAAAGCAGAAGAUCGAAGCACAGAAGCGGAACGCAGAGAAGAAUCAGAAGGCGAAGGGCUCUCAGAUCGAGGCCAGAGCCGUUGGCCUCAAAGUUAUCUGCCCCAUCUGCAAGGUCCAACUUGCAAAUCAAAACCAACUUGUUGAUCACUAUGGCUCCAAACAUCCGAAGGAGAAACCCCCUGCAGAGUCAAGCUAG